AUGGUUGGGUCAAAGCCCGUGCACCUGCCGUUGCGUCCAGUGCGGUUGAUUCUCUGGAUUGGCUUGGCCGUUGCCGUCUCGAUUCUGGGUGCAGUGUGCGCACGCCCCAGCGCCGUGCUGCAGACAGCAGCAGCACCAGGUUCAAUGGUGUUUCCGGGUGACAUUGGCUGCAAUUUGAGCCAAGUGCCGCCUGGCGUGGUUCAGGUCCAGGGCAGCGUCAACCUGAAUUGGUGUCAAACCCUCACGUCGGCAGAUAUCGACAUCCUUCGCACCGUGGAGGUCAUUGAUGGAGGCCUUUUCAUAUACGCAAACCCUGCACUAGAGCAGAUAGACGGCUUGAAUUCGCUCAUCUAUGCCCUUGGCAGGUUCCAAAUCUCGGGUGGUGCUUACCUGGUUGGUUCUUGUCGCGACGCCAGAACGUGCGGCACGGUGAGACAUUGUGAGCGCUAUCGCAUGCUUGUUGUUUUGUGCCUGCACCAGUCGGACAAAGGACGUGCUGAUUGGCAGCUGCACCUGUCUGUGCUUGGUGUGAGUAGCUCGGUCAUCUUUACGAUCAAUCAACGCGGGAAUGGCUGGACGCCACUGCACUGGGCCUGCUAUAACGGUCAUGUGAAGGCGUCGGAAAUGCUGUUGAACCACGGCGCUGAUGCCAAAGCCAAGGCCUGGGCUGGACACGCACCACUGCACUGGGCCUGCAUCGAGGGUCAUGUGGAGGUAGUGGAAAUGUUGUUGAAGCACGGCGUUGAUACUGAAGCCAAGGACAACGAUGGCGAUACAUCACUUCACCUUGCCUGCGGUAACGAUCAUGUGAAGGUUGUGGAGGUGUUGUUGAAGCACGGCGCCGAUGCUGAAGCCAAGGACAACCGUAGCGAAACGCCCCUCGACGUGGCUCGCCAGCACAAGCAUGACAACAAGCUGAAAUCUGUGUUGACUGCCCACGAGGCUGGCCUGGCUGUUGGACCACAGACAUCAUGA